UACGGCGCUCGACUGCCUAAGCACGAAGUUGAAACGGGCUGUUUUCAGGUUCCGUUUCACAGGGUCUUAGAGGAGGCAGCGAGCGAGAUGGAGACCUCGCUGGCCGGCGGCGGCGGUGGCGGCGGGGAUUGCCGCUGCCGCCGGUGCCCUUGGUCUUAACCCCUUGACCCCCGCAAGGCUUCUUCCCUCCCAGCCACAGAAUAAGCGAAGAGGAAUGGGCUGCAAGGAGAGCAAACCGGGCUGCUGUGAAGCCAGAAGGAAGAAAGAAAUAAAAACUCAGUAUAACAGCGGACAAGUUUCCUGUGAAUUGAUUGCACUGAAGACUGAAGCCAACACAGAUUAUUUGCACAAUGAAGGAGAAAAAAGGAAGGCUGCACUGCUGGAGAAGCAGAUGGAGGAGACCACUAGGCUCCAGCAACAACUACAGGAAGAGGAAGGUUGUCUGAAGGAAGUUCACCAUGCUGAGACUCACAGACUUAGCCAGGAUAUUCAACUCCAGGUAGAGAAAGAGGACUUACAGCACAAACAAUUCUCUGAAAAAUAUGAUAUGUUGAAGAGAGAACAGGAGGACACACUGCAAAAACUCCAGAAAACGCAUGAUCAAGAGAAGCUGUUCCUAACUGAAUCCUACCAAAAAACUCAGGCAUCUUUGCAGGAGACUAUUGACAAGCUGACUUCCCAGCUGAAGGCCUUUCAGGAGAAAAUGAAACGGGUAGAAGAGUCAAUUCUGAGCAGAGAUUAUAAAAAGCACAUUCAGGACUAUGGGACCCCCAGCCAGUUCUGGGAGCAAGAACUAGAGAGUCUACAUUUUGUCAUUGAGAUGAAGAAUGAACGCAUCCACAGCUUGGACAAGAAGCUGCUGAACCUGGAAAUAGUGAUGGAGUCAAACUUACUACUUGAAGAGAAAAUUAAAAUUCUACAACAGGAAAAUGAAGAUCUCCAAGUACGGAUGCAGAACCACAUGACAGUGACAAGGCAGCUGUCUGAGGAGCUUCUGACCAUUCGUGAUGCCCUGGAGAAGGAGACCCAGCUGAGGGAGCAAGGUCACCGAGAGAAAGAGGAGCUCUUGUACAGGGUGCUUCAUGGCGAUUCAGGCCACUCCUUUGCUAUCUCUACUGAGACCUCACUCAUUGCCACAUAGCACUUUGAGAGGCCAAAGACACUGACGUGGUAUAAAACCAGAAAAGGAGGGAAGGAGACCACAAUGUGACUGUUUCAUCAUUGCAUUCUACUCCAGAGGUGUUCAGAUAUUUUUUUUUAAAUCCCAUGGACUAAGGUGGCCUUCAAGGGACAUGCCGUAAGUCACACUCCUCCCCAACAAAUGAGGGCCAAUUUAAGAAAUGGGAGUAGAGAUAACGUUCACAUUAAAUGAAUUAAAUAAUAAUUCCCUGAUUAUUUAAGAAUUUUCCAUUUCUGCCACAUUAAUAAUUGCAAUGUAUUGGUGUAGAGGGGAUCAUGCCGAAGGCUGGCAAGGGAGGGCUUGGGUCCAGGUUGUACACCACUAUGCUGGCCCUGGUGUUAUUCUAUGGCCUAAGGACAAUUCUUGUUGGGAUUUUCUCUUAUGCCCUUAUUCCUUGAAAUCUUGAAGAAUGGGAUUUUUGCAUCUUCCUUUCAAUUUCAGUGCUAGUCAAGGAGUUCAUCCUUUGGAUAUUUUGUGGUAUUCAGCAGUCAGAUCAGGUUUUGUCCCUCUCCCAAGAAGUAGCAGAAUUAACUACCUCAUAUAAUAGACCAUGUGAGGGGGUAAAAAAAAAUAGAGAAGAAGGAGUAGGAGCUACAAAUAAAGUGCACUUCACAAAGUCACACAUCUGUGAGAUACUAGAUUCUAAAUGCAAGGUUUACACUUGAUUUCAGCCAAUGGAACUAGAGCUAUACCAAAAUUCUAAAGUAAUUGCUUUAGAGCCAAAGCUUUGUAAAUUUGAACAGAUUUAUAACUAAGUUUCUUUCUCCAUUGCAUCUUUCGCCUGUUGUGUGUCUCCAUGAUAUUUCUUUUAUCUUGUGCCUAGCUCAUGUGUGACUCAAAAAAGCUUAAGUCAUCCUUAGCUGUGCUUGGAUUAAAGUAGUACAAUAUUUUCACCUUAUUCCAGUCUGGUCAAGGAUGACCUUUCUCAUCUAGUAAAAUCAGGGGACUAUAUGAGUAGUGCCUUAAAACUAGGACAAUUGUAAGAUUGUCACCAUAGACUUAGGAUAUAAAUUACCAGUGGGGCAACAAAUUUAUGAUGUUCUACUGAUUUAAGGAUGGUUGGAUAGCACUUAACACAAUAAUGGAAAAAGACCUUAAGGAAGAGGUUCUUAACCUGGGGUGACUGCAUUCUCAGGAAAUGUGAGAUGCAAUUUCAGGAGGCAUGACAAAGAGUGACUUGUGUUCCUUAGUGACAGGUCCAAGUCAUAAUUACUUUUUUAGGGGGUGCAAAUAUUAAUCAAACAUUUUCUGGGGGCAUGGGGCAUCAUAAACAAGUUUGGCAACCACUGCUUUAAGGGAAGAUGUUGUACUUUUUCCUGCCACAUGGGGCUGCUUAUCCUUGAUCACUUUUCAUCUCCCUAAGAAAAGGUUUUAAAAAUUUCUCAGUUAUGUGAGCUUGAUUGUUCUGGAUCUCCCCAUUUUCUCAGUUGUUAGAAUUAUGACCAGUCCCUGCCAACAUCUUCUUAUCUAAUCUUCUAGAAUCUGGAUAAAAUACCUGGUUCUCACAGAUUUGGAAGACAACAGAAAAAAAGCAUCAUUUUAGUUCAUUUGCUUCCAGAACCAAACUCUUUUGUCUUGUUUGACAGGGUCUCUCUUUGCUGGUUCAAAAUUUUGAGGAUGGUAUAUUAGAGUGGUCCUCAAAAAUUGAACAGAGAUCGAAAUUCUUAUUGUAUGAUUGUUUUGUAAAGCUGAUAAAUGACAAUGCCCUCUACUGAUUGUAGGGUGGUACUACAAGUUAUAUAAAAAGUAAUUGUCAAAUUGGAAGUACUAUUAUAGACAUGUAAUAAUUUAAAUUCAAAGACAUUGGAUGUUAAAAUGUAUUGUUCUAAUGAAGAGAUUAUAUUGGUGUUUAUUGUGGUUCUAGUGCAAUGUAGACACUGAAUGAAGUGAAUAAAUAUUGAUAGUUAGCAUUGCAAUAUAUUCAAGGAAAGUUGAUUUAGUUUUAUCUGGAAAAAAACAUUAGAUUUAAUUAACUUCUGAACUACUCUCUAGCUAAAUGCAAUGAUCUGUGUGACCCUCUCCAACAUAUAAUAAUUUCUAUCCAACCGAACUAAUUGUUUAGGGCAAAACUGUUCCCAGGUAAUUUUUCCACUCUAUUCUGCCCUGAUUAGACCACAUGUGGAAUAUCACAUCCAGUUGUGACAUUGCAGUUCAAAAAGGAUAUCAAACUGGAGCAGGUUCAGUGGAGGGUGACCAAGAUGGAGAACAGUUAAAGAAUCUUGGUGUAUUUAGCCUACAUAAAGGAGGAGAUAUAUGACAGCAGCUUUCGAAUAUUUGAAGAACUAUCACAUAGAAGAAAGAAUGGAUGUAUUCUCUGUUGCCUAAUAGUAUAGAACCAAUGGAUUAAAACUACAAGGCAGUAGAUUCAGGCUAGAUAUUAGGAAUAUCUUUCUGACUGAUAUCCUUCGGUAGAAUAGGCUGCUACAUGAAGUGGUGAGUUCUACCUCACCAAAUUGUUGGUCAGCUGUCAGAGAUGCUCUAGUGCACAGGUAUCACACCCACGGUGUCACAUUGCUGUCACAUGAUGUUUCAUGACAUUUUUUUCCCUUCACGGAGCUGGGGUGGGUGUGGCCUGCACAUGAUGCAUCUGGCCCUGUGAGCCGCCAGUUUGACACCCCUGCUGUAGUCUAGUGGAUCCUGUAUCAGCAGGAACUAGAUGACCAAGUUGUACUAUGAUUCUAGGAAAACUCCAUAAAAGCUCUUUUUAUUCAACACCAGCACUUAGGCAAUAACUGAUUAAAAAUUUCCUGGGCAACAUCACUCUACCCAUUAUUUUGAUUGGUUCUCUUGACUUACCAUAUUGGCCAAGCCUAGUUCUCAAGAAGUGAGUUUUAUAGGAACAUCUACUGUUUUUCAGAAUGAAAGAUUUAUACAAAGGAAUGUACAGGCUUAUGUACCAUGGCACUACAUUAUGCCAACAGACAAUGGAUAAAUGUUAUCCUAUAGAUAAAUAUUGAAGCCCAACGGAACAUAGGAUUGCAGCUUGUAGGACCAAGUCAUAUACCUGGGUUCUGAAAUAAGGUAAUGAAAGAUAAGAAUAGCUUAUUGAAAAAACAGCAGGUGAGAAGUCAACCCCAGUGCAACAGACACACCUUUGGCCCCAAUGAUACCUACCACUUUUGUCAAUCCCAUUUACAAUCAUAAACUCUUUAUUUCCCUGAUCUUGAAAAUCUGGUACAGGAGAGGUAUUUGGUUUUGAUUCUUUGCUUGUCAUAAGAUGUUAAAAUUAGGAAUUAUAUUAUUGCAAGUAUGAAUCACUGUGACAUGAGUAACAUUUGAAAUUAUCAUCAUAGCUCCAAAGCUUACAAAAACUCUAGUAAUAGUUCAGAUUACAGGAAAUAUGUAUUUAUUUAAUCUCAUCUUUAUUAUUUUGAUGAGUAAUUUAUAAAGAUUCACUCUGGAUAGUGAGAUAGAUGACAUAUAAAUUUAAUAAAUAAAUAAAUAACUCAAGGCAGCAAACAUACCUAAUACUCCUUUCUCCUGAUAUUUUCCCUACAACUCUGUGAAGUAAGUUGAUAUAAGAGAGAGUAACAUCCAGCUGACUUACAUGCCUAAGGUGGGACCAGAACUCUCAGUCUCUUGGUUUUUAAAAAGCCUGAUACUGUAAUCACUAGACCCAACUGGCUAGCUAGAAUCACUAGAUCUGAAAUACUAAUUCCAGAUAAAUCACAGAUGGCAACAAAAAAAUUAUACUUUUAUCUCCUUACUGCCAUCUACUGCCAGAGUUAUUAGCUCAGUUCUCAUAGUUUUCAUUAUUUCCAGCAGUAGCUAUUCACUCAUAUAAUUAUGCAUUUAGAAAACCACUUUAUUAGCAAGUACAUUAUCUGACUUUACUGCCUGCUCUGUAUUUCAACUAGAGAUCCUUCCAUUUACAGUACUACUAGUUACAGAACUAAAGUUUUAAUAAGAACAAAUGGAAGUCUUAUUCCUG